AUGAAAUCCUUGACGCCUGCAGGUUGCCAACCCAACACAACCAGCCAACUCCUGCUUUGCCUUAUCCCUGCAGCUUGGCGGAUACACCAGUUCUACAUCCAACAUCCAACUCUGCCCGCACAUCCUUUCAAUUCACACUCAGGCAGCGACCAAAAUCAAGAUACACUUGCCGCUGGCUGUCAUCUCAUCACAUUAUAUUUCACUACUACGGAGAGAGAUGUGUUUGCGCAAGCAUCGGGUGAAUUUACAGCCUUAUCUCCAUACGCUUCAUUUCAGAUCUUAAGCCUUGCCUCCAACAUAAUCUGCUUUCGACUCACACCCGCCAACGAAGAGAUGAAUCCAUUCGACUCUGACUCCGAAGAUGAGAACUGGGAUGAUGAGGGCCAGUUCGAUCUGGACUAUGAUGAUCAUAAUGUUCUUCGACGCGGUAGACAACCUCUUGGACUCACGAGGAUCUAUGUGCCAAGCUGGAAGCCUGUUCACGCCAUUCGAGAAUUUUAUCAAAACUGGAAAGAUGCUAUCGUUGAAACCAAUGGUUUGCGGCAGAAAGACUUCGAACCUAUCGUGAAAGGCUUCGAAAAAGAUAUUUACAUCGUCGAGGCACGCCAUCCUACCACUGAUAAACUGCUUGGCUUCAUUCAAUUCAAAAAUGGCGUUCUAGAGUUUACCAAUUUCGGUGCACAAUUGAGCAGGCGGGCGCUUAACAUCGGAGAAACCACCAAGCAGAACAAUCGUGAAGCAGCUGGCACACAUGGUGAAGGAUUCAAGGUUGCCUCACUUGUCAUGGUUCGAUGUGGAUAUAGAGUUCAGUACGAAGCCUCCAAAUUUCGUUGGACAAUGAAGUUCGGAGGUAGAGAUGAAAGCAUGCUUUACUGUUUCCUGAGCGACAUGAAAAUUACCACCCUUCAGAAACAGAUAGAUGCACACGACAAAAGAAUGGCCCAAGGAAAGCCCAGGGGGCUAAAGAACAACAUCUGGGAAGAUGUGACAGUCCGAAUCGGCAGAAUUCGUGGGCAUGGAUUCAAAAUUGAGAGGGAGGACUUUGAGACUUGGAUAAAAGUCUGCAUCGACCUGAAUCGCCCUUCAAAAUUGAUCCAGACCAAAUAUGGUAGCCUCAUUCUGGAUCCCAGUUAUGGAAACAGGAUAUUUCUCAAGGGAUUCCUACUGGAGGGGAAGUCAUCUGGGAAACCAUUCAGGUUCGGCUACAACCUUUUGGAAGGAAACAUCAACCGCGACCGAGAAAGACUCAUCAAUCCAGCAGAGGAGGCAAGAAUCCUUGCAGGGAUCUGGGCAGAAGCCAUUCAUUUGGAAAGGCACGUCGAGAAAGAGUGGGACGUCGAAAUUAUCAGAAGUAGCUUGAAAAAGAGGCCUGAACAGUUAGACUCCCUGGUCUGGGACCCACUCCGGAAGUAUGGGCUCGUACGAACUCCGAGAGAGCAGCAAUGUCACCUGCUGGACCAAGCUACUCGAACACACUGCCCGACAACAACGUACUCACUGGGCGUGGAACGAGCGCUGAGAGCUGCUCUUGCGUUAGAUUCAAGAACCAAAAACCUAAACUUGAUCUUCAAGUCAGGAGUCAAAGCUAACCUUGACUUGCUUCUGGGUGGAUGCGAUCUACAGAUCAAUGACAAGUGGUUGGACUUUCACAAAGGUCAUCGACUUGCACCAUGUCGGCUUUCGCGGCAAGCGUGUAGACAGUAUUCUGAUGCCGAUCACUUCUCGUGUGACCAUAUCGUCACUGAUCUAUACAAGCUCGUACUGGAUGAGUUGAAGAGACACGACGAGAUGAAGGAGAUCGAAUCUCCGGAGUCUGAUAGCUCUCUUUACCAAAGAUUAUGUGAGAACCUUCGUCAGAUGCCAAUCAUGGUUACAUCUACAAUUCACGACACAUCCUCUGAGACCAUUGUGGUGUCAUGGACGGACUUGGAUGGAGACGUGCUAUCCAGAUUGUACGGCUUAGAUCCCACAUGCAGAAUCACCCUUCAUCGAGAGAGCACCUGCUCUGGUAGGAGAGAUGAUCUUCUUUUGUCAGACCGAUUCGAUCAUCAAAUAUCAGUUGGAUCCAAUAGCUCUACCAAUGAUACCUGCAGUCCAUGUGGCUGUCCUGAAAAGGUGGUGUCUCAAAAGGACUUUGGGGCAACCUUUAGCAGAUUAAAUCUGGAUGAAGCAUACUUCCCCAUGAUCGCCCGAAACGAUUUUCAAGCAUUCUUCGGGCUCCCUCCCAGAAGCUUGAAGCCACAGACGAUUCAGGUCCCUGUCAAUGAAUCAAGAACGAGAAUUGUUUGCGCAGCUCGGAGAAGAACUCCGACCCGGGCCAGUGUUGAUACAAAAGAUGAUUUUACAGUCUCUGGCAUGGGAGACCUUUAUGGUGUAAGUGAUGAUGAUGAGUCGUCUAUAGAUGCGAUGCACUGCCACUCUCCAUCGCCAUGUCCAUCACAUCGCAACUUGGUAAAUAAUAGCGGGUUGUCUCCGAGACCAUUGCAUCGCUCUGUCACACCCGUUGCUCCUCUCACUGAAUCUCCACGGGCCCGAUCAUUAAACCGCCCAAAUGGAGAGAUGGAGCAGCUCAGCGCCAAAAUUCGUUCACUCGAAGCAGAUAUCGAAGAAAAGGAUCAGCACUUAGCAACUCUCAAAUCAGAAUGCAACUUUUUGCUUACACAAUGUACAGAAAAGCAGCAAGAAGCCAAGGGUUUGAGAUCGCAACUCCAAUUGCAGAAGGAUGCACUAGCCAGCCAACAGCAACACAAGAGCAACAUGGAGGAAGAGAUCUCGCAGACUCAGCUUCAGUUGGAAGCCAAAGACCAGCUUCUCCAGCACACUCGAGAAAGUCUUCGUGCCAGCGAGCAGCAGCGUGUUGAGCAAGAUAGAGCUGUUGCUGAGAAUCGCGAAAAAAGCCAAAACCUAAAAGAGAAACUUCGAAUCAAGAGUGACGCAUUACUUCAAGCAAGUUCAGACAAUGAGAGCUUGGCUGCGCAGCUCGAGACUGCAACCGUGCGGUGUUUGGCACAAAUUCGCCAGAUCGAUGAAGGCAAUGCCAACAUCAAGAAACUUGAUGAGGAUCUCCGGAUAUCAAAUUUGAAGCUGCAGACUCAACAAGAGGAGAUCGAUGAGCUGACUACCAAGAUUUCGAACCUGCAACAAGGCGAGCCGGAUGAUGGGGAGAAUGUCGAUUUCUCUCUCUCCAGAUUUCAGCAUCUAGAAUCCGCCAAUACUCAGCUCCGCACUCAAAGACUAAAUCUGAAAAACAAAAUCAUCGAUCUAGAGCGUCGGCUACGCGACGCAGAGGAUGCAUACGAUACUCAACUUCGACUUGCUGCUGAAACUGCCAGAAGGCGUGAUCUUCGCCUGUCCUCGGUCAGGCCCAAGAGCGAGCGAGGUAAUAGUGAUGACCCAAUCAGACCGAAACGAGAGAGAGACGACGAUGAUGAAGAUAUUGACCCAACUACUUCGACAUCCCGCUGCCCCAAGAGAUGUCGGAUCAAUGGGACUGAAGGAGACACCAUUGACUUGACUGGUGCGUGAACAUAUGAUUACGUGGUCUUCGCAUGUCUGUCCAGGCAGACUUAUCAAAAUGAUCAGAAAUAAUACGAACCAAUGAGGUAUGUUCUCAGUGAAUUCCAACUACUGGAGUUCCAAAGUCGUGCAUCGUACAAUCAUCUCUAAUUAUGGACUGCACACUCUCAGAUCGUUUGGAGCGCUAUUCAGGCUGUAUGAAACCUCAUUUCUGGCCGUUCCCACUCUUCCAAUGUUUCACAGGAAUCAAAGCGUCAAGCCCAUGUCGAGCAUCAAAGAGGCAUAUCGGGAUUUCCUGGCCAUACAUAUUCCACGGCAGAAAUUUGGCUGCUAGAUCUCCCGCUUCGGCAUAUUGAGAGGUUUAUGAUCCAUAGGGCAGAACCAUGGAGCGGAAUAAAAGUCUUUCUUGAGCCCAGCUCAUUCUUCAAUUUUUAUAUCAUGCCUGAUCGCAGUUCCUAUGGGAAACAAUUCUUUCUGGCCUUGUACCUGCUCGUGAUUUGGUGCGCAAAACAGGGAAAUUCUGGUAUCCUUGAGUUUCAUUCAAUUGACAUACAG